AUGACGGGCAAAGACACUCCCAUCGCCAUUGUCGGGGCCGGUGCGUUCGGCUUGUCGACCGCCUGGCACCUACUCCAAAGCGGCUAUACCAAUAUCACGGUCUUCGAUAAAGAUCCAGAAAUCCCAUCGCGCUUCUCAGCCGCCAACGAUCUGAAUAAGAUUGUGAGGGCAGAAUACGAAGAUCGGUUCUACACGGAUUUGACCAUUGAAGCAAUCAACGCCUGGAAAUCUAAUCCUCUCUUUGCCCCCCACUUCCACCAAACCGGGUAUCUUCACUGCGUCAGCGGCGAUGCUCCACAAAAGGCGGUUGAUACACUACAGCGUUUCCGUGAUUCUGCCGUGAACCAUCCCGAAAUUCGCCCACAUGUCGUCCCUCUGAACACCGACGAUGUUAUCCGGCAGCGCUUCUGGCAAUUCAACGGCAAAUUUCCAAAGUGGCAUGGCUAUCUUAACCAGUUCGACGGGUAUGCACAUUCAGCCAAUGCCUUGAAGGCUGUCUACCGGGCCACAUGCGCAACCGGGGCGCGAUACUUCCUAGGUGGCCGCAACGGAGCCGUCCAGGAAAUCGCCUAUGCCGACAACAUCCACAAGAAGGCCACCGGAGUCCGCACAGCAGACGGCCGCUUCCACCCGGCCAGCUUGGUGAUUGUGUCUGUUGGGGCCGCAGCAGCCAGGCUCGUACCGCAAGUCCGGACCCAAGUGGUCGCCAAGUCGUGGUCGGUUGCUCAUGUACAUCUGACGGACGAAGAGACCUCCUUGCUGCGUGGAAUCCCCGUGACCUAUGCACGAGACCUGGGCUUCCUGUUCGAGCCGGAUCCCAAGACUAAUUUGCUCAAGCUUUGCCCUAUGGGUGGCGGGUACGUCGACACGGAUCCGAAGACCGGAGUAUCCUACCCCCCAUCUGCGGUAGAAACGAGUGCAUUCCUGCCGCAGGAAGACGAGCAGCGCAUGAGGAAACUAUUGGCGCAAACGUUACCAACGCUGGCAGACCGUCCGUUGGUGCGCAAGUCCCUGUGUUGGUUUGCGGACACCAGCGAUUCGGACUUUAUCAUCGACUAUGUGCCGCAUACAUCCUCCUCGGUGGUCCUGCUGUCUGGCGAUUCCGGUCAUGGGUUCAAGAUGUUUCCGAUUUUCGGCAAGUGGGUGACAGACCUCUUGGCGAGCGCAGAUAAGCAGCAGCGAAUUAAGCGUUGGAGAUGGAAGGGCAACGUUGACAAGAAGAAUUGGGGAGGCGACGUUAGCUGGAGGGUGGGAGAGACCCGGGAACUGUCCGAAGUCCGCCCAAGGCGGUUGAAACUAUAA